AUGUUUUCUUUAGAAGUCUCUUCAUAUUCUAUCUGUUUGUCUGCCAGUAAUAACCACUCUUCAUAUCUCCCCUGGUCUCUUGCUCUCUCCGUCUACCACUCUUCAUAUCUCCCCUGGUCUCUUGCUCUCUCCGUCUACCACUCUUCAUAUCUCCCCUGGUCUCUUGCUCUCUCCGUCUACCACUCUUCAUAUCUCCCCCUGGUCUCUUGCUCUCUCCGUCUACCCUCUUCAGGUCUCUUGCUCUCUCCGUCUACCACUCUUCAUCUCCCUGGUCUCUUGCUCUCUCCGUCUACCACUCUUCAUAUCUCCCCUGGUCUCUUGCUCUCUCCGUCUACCACUCUUCAUCUCCCUGGUCUCUUGCUCUCUCCGUCUACCACUCUUCAUAUCUCCCUGGUCUCUUGCUCUCCGUCUACCACUCUCCUCCCCUGGUCUCUUGCUCUCCGUCUCCACUCUUCCUAUCUCCCCCUGGUCUCUUGCUCUCUCCGUCUACCACUCUUCCUAUCUCCCCUGGUCUCUUGCUCUCUCCGUCUACCACUCUUCCUCCCCUGGUCUCUUGCUCUCUCCGUCUCUCCACUCUUCAUAUCUCCCCUGGUCUCUUGCUCUCUCCGUCUACCACUCUUCAUAUCUCCCCUGGUCUCUUGCUCUCUCCGUCUACCCUCUUCAUAUCUCCCCUGGUCUCUUGCUCUCUCCGUCUACCACUCUUCACUCCCCUGGUCUCUUGCUCUCUCCGUCUACCACUCUUCAUCUCCCCUGGUCUCUUGCUCUCUCCGUCUACCACUCUUCAUAUCUCCCCUGGUCUCUUGCUCUCCCGUCUACCACUCUUCAUAUCUCCCUGGUCUCUUGCUCUCUCCGUCUACCACUCUUCAUAUCUCCCCUGGUCUCUUGCUCUCUCCGUCUACCACUCUUCAUAUCUCCCCUGGUCUCUUGCUCUCUCCGUCUACCACUCUUCAUAUCUCCCCUGGUCUCUUGCUCUCUCCGUCUACCACUCUUCAUAUCUCCCCUGGUCUCUUGCUCUCUCCGUCUACCACUCUUCAUAUCUCCCCUGGUCUCUUGCUCUCUCCGUCUACCUCUCUUUGCAUCUAUCCCGGUCUCUCUCACUCUCCGUCUACCUCUCUUUGCAUCUAUCCCGGUCUCUCUCACUCUCCGUCUACCUCUCUUUGCAUAUAUCCGGUCUCUCUCACUCUCUCUACCUCUCUUUGCAUCUAUCCCGGUCUCUCUCACUCUCUCUACCUCUCUUUGCAUCUAUCCCGGUCUCUCUCACUCUCUCUACCUCUCUUUGCAUCUAUCCUGGUCUCUCUCACUACCACUCUUUGCAUCUAUCCUGGUCUCUCUCUCUCUCUCUACCUCUCUUUGCAUCUAUCCUGGUCUCUCUCUCCAAGUACCACUAUUCAUAUCUGUUUCUAA